AGAAGAAUAGCUCCGGUUUGUAGGAAGCUAAGCUAUACUAUUGGCUGCUAGCUAAUGUAGGUUCUCAUGUAAACAGUGCCAAUGAUGGCUGCCUCCAUCGAGAGUUUGCUGGAGGAAAUCUCCGGCGUUGAAGACCCGAUUGAAGAGCUGCAGUGUCUGAAAACUGCACUUUUAUCGAUACCCGUCAGCUCUCUGACGGAGUUUAUUAGCGGGCAUCGUUUCGAUGUGAUCUUCUCUUUGUUGAACUCCAAUGAAAGGGAUCAGGUUGAGCUUUGUGUGGACAUCCUGGAACGCAUCUUAAUGGCCUGCAGCCCUUUUUAUGUCGCCCAGAACUACAUGGCGGAGCUGCAGGCGGGUCUGACACAUCCCAGCAGUACUGUAAAGAUACUGGCUCUGACCCAGGUUGGUAGAAUGGUGGAGCACCCUGACGCUGUCACCCAAAUCCUGAACAGCCAGCACAUUCUUCCAUCGGUGAUCCACUGCAUUGCAGAAGAGAACAUGACAGUAGCCAAACAGGCCAUCCAGUCCCUGUCUAAGCUGAGUCACUCCAAACCUGGUUUGGACAAACUGUUCCAGAGCGACUUACUGGACGUUCUAAAGGAUGUGAUGGCCAGGAGCGACAUAAUCAGAUACAGAAUAUAUGAGCUGGUUGUAGGAAUUUCUUCCAUGUCUCCAAUUUCUCUUGGUUACUGCGCCAACAGUGGGAUAAUGUCUCAGUUGCUCGGGGAACUGACAGGAGACGAUGUUUUGAUCAGGGCCACAGCAAUUGAGAUGGUAACAUCCAUUGCCCACAGUCAACAUGGCCGACAGUACUUGGCCCAGCAGGGUAUCAUGGACAAGAUUUCCAACAUGAUCAAAGGAGCAGAAACUGAUCCCUUCUUCUCCUUGUAUCUUCCAGGUUUGGUGAAGUUCUUUGGCAAUUUGGCCAUCAUGGAUAGUCCCCAACAGGUUUGUGAAACCUACCCAGUGUUCCAGAACAAAGUGUUUGAGAUGGCGUUGGACGACGACCCCGUGAUGGUCGGGGUUGCCGUGGACACUUUGGGAUUGCUCGGUUCUACCGUGGAAGGGAAGCAGGUCCUACAAAAAACAGGAGACAAAUUUAAGUCAGUAUUGCUAAGCAUAAGCCAGCUUGCCACCUCCGCUGCUACAGAGCUCAGAGUACGCAGCUUGGAGGCCAUAUCGCAACUCCUCACUCUGCAGCCGGAGCAGCAGACGGAAGACCUGCUGGCUCUCACAGAGUCGUGGUUCCGCCUUUUGUCCAAACAGCCCAUUGAGAUGAUUCGCAACAUCAGCACUCAGCCAUUCCCAGAGCUGCACUGCGGUGCCCUGCGGGUCUUCACCGCCAUUGCCACUCAACCGUGGGGUCAGAGGUUAAUGGUGGCCACACCCGGUUUCAUGGAAUUUGUUUUGGAUCGUUCCACGGGUCAAAGCAAAGAGGCCAAAGAUGCAAAGUUUGAACUUGUGGGGUCCCUUGUGACUUCUUCGACCGCGGCAGAGAUACUGGGCACACAAAAUUACAUCUCCCUUAAGGCUUACCUGAAAGAGGGACCUUACUACGUGUCAGCAGUGGCCGCAGUGGGCACAGAGGGAGUAGACUGAGACUGACUUGGCUUCAUUUAUGCAAGGAUGUUUACAUACAAGUGGGUUCGCACAUUGUGCCAUGUUGUAAUAGACCAAAUCGCUUUAAUGAUACAUGACAAAGUCAUACAACUUAUUUCCAAUCGAAAGUCAACUCAUCCACAAACAAACUGAUUAAACAAGUAACAUUGGUCAGAAAGAUAACACACCCAGUUCUGCAAAUGUUUGAGGCACUG